UUUACUGCUCACAAAAGCAGUCCCAGCUGGGUACCCAAUUCAUUCAAUCAUCGAGCGAUGUUUCUUCGCGCGCUUCGUCGUUUUGUUUACUCGGAGCGCCUUGUUUCUGAGACCGACAAAGAAAGAUAAGCCAGAGCUCAAGAUGUCUGAGAAGCUGAAGCAGUGCAGGCAGGGGCUAGCUGCAGCAUUAGACCGUGCGUUAGAGGAUGUCACCAUAACACCCCCCAGCAUCAAACAUCCACCCUACCCUUUAUACCCUCACAGCAAAUCCAAAGAAUCUGAGUCUCCUGCAUAUCUAGAAACAAGGGCUGAGCUCCAGCGAAGAUCUCUCCCUGUCUGUUCACCUGGGCCCAUGGUGUACCUCCCUACUGCGAUCCCUAUGGACCUGCAUAGAAACUCCUCCCGUUCCUACAGCUGGCCCAUCUCAUUCAAAGAGGCUUUACCCACAAGGUACCCAACAAAUGCUCCAGAUUCCUGCGUCAGACAAAAGCAAGAGACUUCCAGCCAUUGCAAGGUGGACUGCCCAUCUUCAAGCAACACCGAGGAAGCUUUAACUCAGAAUCUGCUAGAAAUUAUAGAAAGUUCUGGUAUACAGACAUUGGAGGAUCUUGUGGGGAAACUGGAGUUUGAGAAUGAGUUAAACCGGGUGUGUAAUAAUCCCAGUCAACAACAAGGGGGCAGCCUUUCACAGAUGCUGGAAGAUAAUGUCGUCAACUUGACUCCCAGAACAUCUGAAGACAACAGUAUGAUUGAGGCUGUGUUGGAUAUGGAGCAGGAGUAUGAUUUAUCAAUGUAUUACAGCAAUCUCUUAUCAUAGCACUCACAGGCGCAGAACUUCUACAGGUGAAACAGAAACCUAUCAAUUUGGAAAGCAAGGCCAAUUUUAAGCAAAGACCUACCUUUUUUUUUUUUUGCAAUUCAUAAAAAUACUUUAAUAGUAAAACAGAAUGUUUAGAAAGUUCAUGAGCUAGAACCAAAAAAAAGUUAAUUUCAUUAGCUUCAUUAAAACCAUGAGUGUUUUGGUAGAUAAGCAUUGUUUCUACAAUGUAUGUCAGCACAGUAACAUAUACCCCUCACCUUGACAUUCGAUCCUACACAGCAAGGUUUUUUUUUUGUUUUAAAUCUUUGCCAGGGUUGUAUGCUGCUAAUUUAUUAAUGUCAGGAUAUCUGUAACAAUUGGUUAAUAUAUUAUUUAUUUGUGUAAUAAAUUCAACCUAUUGUAUUAUUUUAGUUUCCCAUUAACAGUAAACAGUAACAUGUAUUUACACCAUUUGCUUUGAGCUUUGUCAAAUGUCAAGUCUGAAGGCAAAUUGAUAUUUAAUAAAUAUGCCAUUUUUCAUUUGGUUAAGGUCAAGUAUCCAUUAUACAUUCAUGGUGUUAGUACAGUCUUUGUAAAUGUUUGUCUAGCUAGUUUUAUAUUGUGUCCUUUUUUUCAUACUGCAUUUCUUGAAAGUUUAAUUUCGUGUUGGUUAUGACAUGAGGCAUUCAGAUUCAGAAAAGAGCCAGAUAAAAUAUCUGAAAUUGUAUUGGAUUGCUUAUAACCAUAAUUCAAGUACUGAACAAUGGUGAAUAAAAUACUUAGAAACUGCCAAGUCACCCUAAAUAAGGCGUUGUCGUAUCCUUGAAGCACUGACACAAGGCCAGCAAAUGUGAACAGCACAAACCUUGACACAGACAUUUAUAUUGGGGUUUUCAACUAGGCCCAUAAGGGUUAAUAAUUGCAUCAUUAUAGCUGUGAAAGUUCUGCAAUACUGCGCAGUUUCUUAAUAAUGUUCUAUUCUGGAUCAAUUCAAUUAAAGACCUGAGCUUUCACUUCCCCAUUGACAUUAUAAUUUUAGAACGGAAGAAAAAAAAUGUGUAUGUUGCAAACAUUUCAACACAUUUAACUACUAUGUGCAGAUAAGGUGUGCAAUUGCCUUACUAUAUUUAC